AUGUGUCAAGCUCUGCUUCGCGACGAGCAUCUUUUACUUCUGAUCUUUGGUCAAGUCACUCAUCAGGCUGACUACCUCUCUCUCCGUCAGACAUGCCGGUCGUUCGAGGCUGUCGCUUCUCAAUACCUCUUUCGCCAAGUGGCGGUCUCUCCUGUCGGUAAUGAUCUUGCAACAUUUCUGCGCGUUGCCUAUAGCCCUAGGCUAAGUCGACAUGUCCAGGAGCUAAUCUGGCUCGAGUUGGACUGUCCCAUUGUUGAGGCGAACAGACUUCAACAGUGGCCCUUCCCACCUAUUUUGGUACCACCCUGGGAUCAGACGAUUUCACGCGAGAACAGUCUGUUCUGGCACUCAUACUCGCCUUUGGAUGUUCCCAGUGGAAAUGGCGAGGAGCGGCCGUACAGUGUACACGACGGACUUUUGCCCGUUUUCCUCGAGGCUAUUGCGCGGAUGCCAAAACUCCGUACUUUUACCUCCACUUCCAUGGACUUUGAGCCAUUCCAUCUCCGCUGUGGCAGAGAGAUUACUAUGGCCCGUUCCAGAGAUCUGCAGAGCCAGCGCUGGAAGUGUGCCAGUCGGCCGCCACCAAUCGUACCUAGGGAAGAUUCUCGAGCAAGCGAUGUCUUCUUGAAAGGGACCGAGCUCUACGUUCUUCCAGCUCUGGCACAGAGGAACGCGGUAGGCAACAGGUGGCUUCAGCUGCACUGGCCCAACACUACUUACUUCGAGCAUAAGGUUCCACAAAUCCCCCUCCAACUAACGCAUGUACCGCCAAUAUCCGAAGCUCUAGUCGAAUUUACAUUCAGCAUUGGAAUGGUUGACUGUCCUCCCGGUGGGGAGCUGGGGCGUCGUCAACGUCACCUCGAGAUGCAGUACAAACUGCUAGCUUGUCUCGCAAAUGCUCGGAACUUGCGCACCCUGCGACUCACAGCAUACCAAAGGUUUCCAGCCGCAUCGUCCUGCGCCAAGAAGGCCGGUGACCAUUACUUCUUCGAUCUGCUGGUUGGACAAGAGGCUGGUCCCAACAGCGGUGAAAUCUAUCUACCCCAUGUCAACUCUUUGAGUCUUGAAAGCAUCAUGUACAGCCAGGCGAGUCUUGAGAAAUUCAUCGCGCGUCAUGCCGACACUCUUCGUGUUCUCAAGUUAUCGGACUGUCGCCUGGAGUUCGACACGGUGAAGCGUCUAGCCACACUGGGCUUGCAACUCAACAAGUUCGAAGUGACCUCGGUCAGGUGGAUGAUCCAGGAUAUUAGGAGAACUAGAGAUGGACCAUAUAGAUCUCUCGGGGGCCGUUGGACAAGAGUCUUUGAAUUCAUCACUCCUGAAGGCCUUCUAGGAUUCGUCAACGACAACACGACACCAGAAGCUCAAUGGGCAAAUCUGGAACCUACGCGCUUUGGUCGCAUACCAUAUCAGGCGUACUUCAACUUUCUAGUCACGACUGAGGAUGUCCGAGGGCUUCAUCGAGUUCAGGGCGUCGACGGGCACAUCGCGUAUGGCGACGAAUUCGAGAGAUGUUGGGAGAACCUUGUCCAGGAAGGAAAGGGAAUUGACUUCCGACAGCCAAGCCAUCCGGAGAUUGUGAGAUGCUUGGGCGACGAGCAUGGAGAGGGAUUGUACUACCCGGAUGAUGGUGCAGUCAUCUAUCCGACCGGUGAAACGCCCGAGUUUGUCACAUCUGAUCCGACCCUUCUCGAAAGGUUGAAAUUGCGCGCUCUGGAACUCUCAUUAUCCCCGGAGCACGCGGAGGAAGUGCAGAGGCUCAUGGAAAGCUGCAAGCGUGAGCAAGCAGAAUUUGGUAACGAGUGCUCAUUCUGA